AUGGCGGGUUUGGGGACCCUCCGGGUGGUGCAGAGUUGCGGGGCGAAGAUGGGAGAAGACCGGGGAGAAGACCUGCAGGGAGAAGACGUGGGCCAGGAAAACGGGUGUUUUGCUCUGUGCCAUUGUGUGCCCACACAGUGGGUUGCUUCCAGCACUCCGAAAAAAGAACGGCCAGAUACUUCAAGUCCCAUCAAAUCCCACUUCAACAUACUUCGACUUUGUUUCCAGCCAGGGCAACUCGUAGUUGUAUGUCGUUGUGCCAUCUACGCACGCGUUCCGCAUUCCUUCCGCUUGGAUCCGUUCCGCAACGCACGGGUCACCCGCGCCGCGCCGGUGGCACCUUUGGGCUUCAGCCACGCGCUGCAAGAUUUGUUGGUCGAAGACGUUCGGUGCCUGAAAGACGCGAAACCAAGAUGA